GGGGUUAUCCCUGUUUUCAAUUAGACUAAAGAAAAUUAAAAAUUGACAAAGAAGAUAAAAGAGAAAUGAUCGGAGAAUGGAACUUUUUAACAUUAAGGCUCUAUUUAGAUACGAACUUGUAAAAAAUAAAUAAGUAAAUAAGAAUUGGAGAUUUUUAUUGUAUUUAUGUGUAUUUGAAAAUGCUAUUCAAAAUAAAUAAAUAAUUCAAAAUGCUAUCAAAGACGCACACCGCACGGCACGGCACCGCAUACCACCCAUAUUUUCUAUUUCUUCUCUGCAAAUCCUUCCAUCUCUCCUUCUUGAAGCUUCGAAGAAUGGCCGAGCAGCUCACCGAGGAGCAGAUCGCGGAAUUCAAGGAGGCUUUUAGCUUCUUCGACAAGGAUGGCGAUGGCUGUAUCACCACUAAGGAACUUGGAACAGUGAUGCGAUCACUGGGGCAGAAUCCCACUGAAGCAGCGCUCCAAGACAUGAUUAAUGAGGUUGAUGCUGAUGGAAAUGGAACAAUUGACUUUCCGGAGUUCCUCAACCUGAUGGCGAGGAAGAUGAAGGACACUGACUCUGAGGAGGAGCUCAAGGAAGCUUUCCGGGUUUUUGACAAGGACCAGAAUGGCUUCAUUUCUGCAGCUGAGCUCCACUAAGGUCUGUUUUGUUUUGUUUGUUUUGUUUUUUUUUUAACUUUUGAUGCUUGCAUUGUUUUCCAGUGCUGUUCUUGGCAUCUGCUUGUUUGCUCUGUCUUUUGUUUUAGUAUCUUGGUCGGUAGUGUUUCAAUUAUGUUUGUUAUUUUCCCUUUUUAUCUCUGGUACUGUGAACCUAGAACAAUUGGGAAUCCGAUGAUUUUGCUUUUGGUGACUAA